AUAGAGACGGAAACAAUUAUUUCUAUGGAAACUGGAGCAUGGAUGACUACUGUUGUUCUUAGCACUGGAUAAAUAGUGAAUGAAACGUCUAAACUGAUGUUUAUUUCAUAGUAUUACAUUUGAAUGAGAGAUGUUGGCUGAGGUUCCAGGGAACCCUCUAAGCUCUGGCCUCCUCUGGACAGCCACCCGUGGUAAAGAUGAAAAGCGCCCAGGCCUAACCCUGCAGCGGUCUGGGGAUGCCCAGAGGAAGAUUCCCUCCCAGCGUUGCUGCUUCCUCGGGGUAGAGACCUGGGAAGAGCUGAAGUGGGAGGACUGGGAGCUGGGAGGGGAGUUCACGAAGACCCUGCUGCUGAAGAACAUCCAUAGUAAACUUCAGAAACUACGUUUCAGGCCUCCUGCGUCAACGUUCUUCACCACCCUGUUUCCUCAGAUCAUCACUCUGAGUCCUGGAACGUCUUUUUCUCUUCCUGUUACCUUCCGCCCCCUUGAUAGGUGUGAGUACCAGGACACCAUAGAGUUCCACAGUAAAGAUGGGUUGUUCCAGGUGUCUCUGAGGGCGACCAUACCUCACCAUGCUCUGGACGUACCCGAGUCUGUCCUCCUGCCACCCUGUGCUGUUCUCCACCAAUCACAGACCGUCUUCAUGUUCCGCAACGCCAGUAAGCUACAGACAGGUUUCCGGUGGGAGGUGCCCUCUCCGUUCCAACUGUGUCCAGAGAGCGGGAUGCUGGAGCCGGGUCAGGAGUGUAGAGUCACGGUGCUCUUCAGACCACGGGAGGCGUUGGUCUACCAGGUCCAGGCUAGCUGUGCCUUCGGAGACGAGGGAGAGAACAGCUGUACUGUGCUCCUACAGGGCCUAUCAAAGUACCCGUUCCUUCAGAUCAGUGCCCCGGGUCAGGAGGAGGGAUGUAAGGUGCUGGAAUUUGGCAAUGUGCCUGUCGGCUGCAACAUGGAAAGACACUUUGAGAUUCUCAAUCCAUCCUCAAUAACGACUUCCUUUAGUCUGUCCAGGAUGCAGCGCCCACUGCUGUCAGAGUCAGUGUUCCAGUGUGGUUUCCAGAAGGGAGAGGUGGCUCCACGUACCUCCAUCAGGGUACCUGUGAUUUUCUCUCCUGGAACUGUGGACAUUACCACUGUGGACUACCUGUCACUCACCUGCCCCGGGGCGCUCAGCAAAACCCUGCUCAAAGUCACCGGCACCUGCAUAGGUCCUCAGGUGUCCCUGUCCUCCUCCAUGCUGGACUUUGGCUGUGUGGACGAGGGUGAGGAGGCCUUGCGCACCGUGGACAUCAUCAACUCCUCCUCUGUGGAGGCCCAAUAUCAGUUUGACUUGGACGCCACAGGGCAUAGUGUCUUCACCUUGGAGCCAGCCUGUGGUACCCUGCCACCCAACAGCAGCCGGCGCCUACGCCUGCUCUUCAGACCACACCACCCCAUGGGACAUCACAGGAGGGUGGUCUGUCUGCUGCUACACAGGGAGCCUCUGUUCCUGGACCUGAUAGGGACCUGUCACUCUGAGCAGCUGAAACCAGCCAUCCUUCACCCCAGACACCUGGUCCUGUACCGGCAGCACCUGGCCCGGGGACUCACCUGCUACCCUCCUGAUGUACUCGGCGCCAUGCUGGCAGAGGACAAGAUCCAAGUGGACCUGGAGGGAGCUCUGAUGUUACACGAGGAUCCUGCUGCUGUGCCAGAGAAGAGCCCUAUGGAGGAAUAUUACCAAGGCUGUGCAGGGGGCAAGGUGGAGGCUGAGCUAGGAGGCAGCGGUGAGGGGUCCAACAGUUCCCACGUCACAGUGGAUCCCCCAGAGUUGCUGUUCUACAAUGGCUCCGUCUCUACCUCGCAGUCUGUGACUCUCUCCAAUCACACCAAGGGCAAGCUCAGCUUGAUCUGGACCCCGGCUCCUAACUCCUCCUUCUCCGUCACACCCUCGUCAUGUGAUCUGGGACCCCUGAAGUCGACUGCUUUCAGAGUCAGCUACACGCCCAAGCAACACAACACCUUCCAUGGGGCACAGCUAGAGUGCUUCGCUCUCUACAAGGUGUUGCGGGACCAUCGGCAGGUAGAGGACCGUACCUUGUGCCCUCCCUGGUGUGUCACAGUCCGGGUCAUUGGACACUCCUUCCAGCCUGGCCGGGAGCACUUCAUCCCCCGGUUCUCCUUGCAGCGCCCCCUAGUGGUCUUCCCUGCUCUGAGCCUGGUCUCCUACAGGACUGUGCUCCUGGAGAACACGGGAGACCUACCCUUGGUGUUCAGGCUGGACCCAGAGGAGUGUCCUUCGGUGUCUGUUCAGCCCACCAGCGGCCUGGUCCUACCUGGACACCACCAGAUUCUCACCCUCAGGACCACCCCGGCAGAAGACUGCCCUGCCAAGCUACCCCUCACCCUGCACUUCAAUGCCAGUCCCAAGCACACCCAGGAGCUGUCGGUGGUGAGUGUGGUAGAGAAGCCUUGUCUGUCUCUGGAAGGAGAAGGUAGUCUGUUCUUCAAACCCACGGCCGUGGGCUCCCGCUCCCAAAGCCCCUACAGGGUCAGGAACCUGACCAGAUUACCUCUGAGGUUCCACUGGAGGAUCUCUGGACCUGACCAACGGGUCAUCUCUGUGGCCCCUGACACGGGAGUCCUGCAGCCCAAUGAGACCACGGUGCAGACGUGGUCCUUCACCCCAUUUGAGGAAAUGGUUUACAAUCUGAAACCCAACCUGACCUUCUGGCCAAUCCAGACGCCCGGAUGCAGGAAGUCCCGCCUCCCCCUGAAAGUAGUGGGCAUGGCCUCCAAAGGAUCCAUCCAGGCAGAGCAUGGGGUGCUGAAUCUGGGGGAGGUGUUGGUGGGAGACUGUAGGUCCUUCGAGGUGCCUCUCAUCAACAACGGUUCCUGUUCUGUCAGCUUCUGUUUGGCUGUACAACAGAGCCUGCUAGACCCGGGGUUGCCUGAGAAGAAAGACCCUGUUGCCCUGGAGCUGGACUCUGAGAGAGGCACCAUCCCAGCUCGCUCCAGGCUGCUGAUCCGCUCCACCGUGAGGCCUGCCAGGAGGACCAGAUACUGCUGGGACCUCACAUACCAGACACUCAGCUCUGCAGGCUCUGUGCUGGAUGCUCCCCAGGCUCUGUGCCAGGUGCAGGGUGAAGGGGUGUUCCCCACCCUGGAGGUGACAGAUGUGCGUUGCAGCGGCAGCGUGGAGGGGCUCAGCAAGCUGCAGAUCUGGAGCCUCUUUUCUCUGGGACACCUCAACGCCCACCUGCAGAGAGAUUCCCGCCCCAAGUCAGCUCAAUUAGAUUCCGGGUUUCCAGUCAGACACAGUUAUAUACAAUGUGUAGUUGAGGUGUGUCUGUCCCCCACCUCCUCCAGUCUGCGUCGCUGUCCCUCCAUCUUCACGUCGGCCAUGUUGGAUUUCAACUUCAGCGCUGCUCCGCUGGGCUCAGACCCCUCCAAUGUGCUGCUGAUGUUUGAGAACACUGGGAGCAUCCCUGUCGAGUGGUCGUUCCUGUUCCCAGAAGACCAGCAGAUAGAGCUUGAGUACUGGGCUGAGACUGGGGAGUUCAGCACGACAGAGCUCCACCACAUGAAGGUGCAGGAUAACAGGCUGUUUAAUAUAGCACCCCGCUCUGGUAAACUACACCCAGGACAGCAGAAGACAGUGACAUUUAGCUACAGACAUGACUUUGUUGGUACUGACCGUCUCCCAGUCCUGUUCAAGCUGUCUCACGGCAGAGAGAUUCUGUUGAACUUCAUGGGAGUGACGGUGGAGAGAGACAGACACUACCUGCACUUCACCUGCACCAAGCACGUCUUUGCCCCAGUGCCAAUCGGGGGGUUCAGUCCCCCUAAACAGGUGUAUGAGCUGUACAACGGAGGGGCUGUCCCUCUGAGGUACCGUGUGGACACAGAGCCCCUUGAGCAGCUGACGGCUGAUAACUUUGGUCACCCCGUGAUGCAGUGUCUCAACCCCCAGGGAGAGGUGAAGCCUGGCAGGACAGCCCUGCUGGAGUGGGUCCUCUCCCCCCUGGAGGCCAAGACUUACAGUGUGGACAUCUCUAUCCAUGUGCUGGAGGGAGACACCAUGCUGUUGACGUUUGAAGGCUGUGGGUUUGAUAACAGUGUGCUGGGAGAGUCGGCACCACUACAGCUUCAUGAUGGCUACAUGUCUGUCCCCAGCACACAGAGGAUGGCCCUGCCCAACCAGGUGCUGUUCCUGUCAGAGGAGAGAUUGUGUCUUGGGGACAUCCCAGUCUGCUCUCGCUCCACACGGGUCCUGUUCCUGACGAAUGUCUCCCACAGUGACAGAGUCCUCUACAACUGGAACCUGACUGACCAGUCAGUCCAGAUCUACCCAGAGCAUGGUGCUCUGUCUCCAGGGGAGAGCUGUCUCUGUAUCCUGACUCUCCAGGCCUCUGGCAGCCCCAGCUUCUACCAGCUUGACAUCAUCUGUGAGGUGACCCUGGAGGAGGCUCUGUCUCAGUACCGUCAGGAUCUACAGCAGUGGGAGAUGGAGAGAGACAGACAGAGGAAUGAGUUUAGCCUGACUGACAAAGACCUGCAGCAGAGUCAGACCAGCUACCCCCAGGGUCAUACACAGAGUCAGACCAGCUACCCCCAGGGUCAAACACAGAGUCAGACCAGCUACCCCCAGGGUCAUACACAGAGUCAGACCAGCUACCCCCAGGGUCAUACACAGAGUCAGACCAGCUACCCCCAGGGUCAUACACAGAGUCAGACCAGCUACCCCCAGGGUCAUACACAGAGUCAGACCAGCUACCCCCAGGGUCAAACACAGAGUCAGACCAGCUACCCCCAGGGUCAUACACAGAGUCAGACCAGCUACCCCCAGGGUCAUACACAGAGUCAGACCAGCUACCCCCAGGGUCAAACACAGAGUCAGACCAGCUACCCCCAGGGUCAUACACAGAGUCAGACCAGCUACCCCCAGGGUCAAACACAGAGUCAGACCAGCUACCCCCAGGGUCAUACACAGGAGAGCAACACUAAGGAGGUUGUACCUUCCCCACAGAAGACUGGACCUGUAGUCAGGAAAUACAAGACUCUACCUCCUAUCUGUAGCAGCAGUGCCGUGGUUGGGGGUAUGUGUACCAGGCCCAGUCGUGCAGAGCGGAGGGCACAGAGAGAGGCAAGCCAGGUAUGGAGGAGACCUGAACCACCCUGCCCCACCCUGCUACACCUUGGGGUCACCGCCCGCUCACACUCCCUCCUAGAGUUCCAGACCUUCUUCCCCUCCCUGCUCAGCACACACCACAUCAACAGGUCGGCCCGGCCCAAUGUGACCCGUUGUGGAUCCCGUCAGAGCAGACCUCCAUCUGUAGACAUGCCUCCUCUCAGCCACGGACCAGAGAGAGAGAUCAUUACCCACACGCUCACCUCUAUAUUCAGGAGCCUCCUGGACGACCCUCACUUCCACCACUCUCUGGUGAACGGUGUGGCUGAACCCGUGCCCUACUUCACCCAGCUGAGACAGACUGCCUACACCCCUACCACACCUCUCCCUGGGGCUGCUACGCCUUUUCCUGGGACCAGGGAGGCCCCUCCACCUUGCCCCCCUACUCCUCAGCUCCUCAUGGGGGGCAGUCUGUACAGUGCUGGGGUAACAGAGGUAACAAAGCAACAGCCACAGACCCAGAAGCCAACAGUGAAGCGAGAUUGUCAGCUCAACGUUCAGGAGACCAUCCGCAGGUUGCCAGAGUUCUGUGACGUGACAGAGGAGGUUCUCCUCAACACCUUACAGAACCUGAUGAUGGAGGCCUUCCUGGGAGAGCUGGUCCUUACAGCCAGGCCACGAAUCAUCGCUCUGCCUCCUGUCUCUGCCAGGAGGAACAGCUGUGGUUCCAGGAGACUGUCCAGAGGUGGACCUGACCCAGACAGGAGCAGAGAGACAAGGGGGGUUCCUCUGGGUCUUAGCUUCAGCCCACCCUCUUCACUACUGGCCAACUUGGCAUGGACCUAACCAGUGUUUUACUCCACACAAUGCCUCAACAUUAUUUCAUACCCAAUUAAUAACUAUAAAAAAAAUGUUUAAAAAAGUAAAACAAAAGUUGAUUUGACAAUUUUAAAAUAGCGAUUUACGUCUCGAUGCCCUGAUCUACAAUGUGAUCAGUACUUUCACACCCUCAUG